CUUACUCUUUAUUCAUUUUCCUUCAGGAUGCGCUCAGUCACACUCUGCCUUCUACUAGCUUUCCUUGUCGUAUGCUUCGCUGAGGAAAUGCUGGAAUUCAGCCCUGACGAUAUUCCAGCUGACGCUCCCAUUAUCCGAGAAAAAAGACAAUUUGGGUGGGGAGGCUAUGGCGGAUAUGGAGGAUGGGGUAGAGGAUAUGGAGGCUACGGCGGUUAUGGCGGUUACGGAGGCUACGGAGGUUAUGGUGGCUUCGGUCGUCGAUUUGGAGGAGGCUGGUGGUAAUUGGGACUGCCAUCUUUUUGAGGCGAUCGACGUCGUGAUUUAAUGUUUUUCAUAUUGUAUAAUAGAUGUACACUAAUAAAAUGCUCUUGUUCAUGUU